UUUAAAUAUGUAUCGUCAGCCCUGUGCUGCUGCUGAAAAGGCAUUCUUGGGAACUUUGUGAAAGCGGUAGCUGAAAUGCACAGCCUUGAAGCGCUGAAAUCUUGCACAUACACUCAUACUGAGAGGGGACGCACCAACUAGCACUAGGCAGCACUGGUUUAAAGGCAAAAGAUAGAAGGAGGAAAGAAAAAACCUUAAUCGCAGAAAACAAUGUAGUUAUUUUUUCCUGUUUCAUUUUUGAAGUGGAUUUGUGGAGUUCUUCGACGUGAUGAGGAAUUGGUAUUUUUAAGGGCUAAUAAAAACCCAAAGAGGAAUGAAUGUGUGAUCUAACGAAAUGCAUGCAUAUUGCAAGACGGCACUGAAGAGCGUAAUGUAUUUAAAGGUCUCUGAAGUGUCUCUGUCAUACCGUUUUGAAGAAAAUAAACUAACUUUGGAGAGUUUUUCUUCUGUUUUGUUUGAAAGCGACAUGGCUUUGCAGGAGGAGCUGUGUGAAGAAACACAGCCAGUUCUGUGGUCGCUUCUCGGUCUAUAGCCAGUUUUUGAAAGACAGUAUUAAAUUGCGAAGUCGAGUGAGCGAUACCGAAUAUUCCUCUCGCCACCUGUUUCGGCAUCAAUAUUCAAUUGGAAUGCUGCUGCGUCCUACAGAUAUUACAGGAUAACAAAGGAAACGAGACAAGAUCCAAAAGGAAAAACAUGCACCCUCUUACCCCAUGGAGACAUGGCAUAUAGGUUCCUUAGCAGCCGAGUCGUGCCAACUUCAAACAGGCUAACCAGAAGAUUCCUUUUCAUCUUCACGCUUUCUUUGUCGUUCACCUAUUUAUGUUACAGCCUCAUAUUUUGCUCUGACACCACUAUGCAAAGCCCGAGUUAUGAGCAACAUAGGUGCCUGCUGUUCCAGAAUGUGGGGGGUAAAAAACUUCUUCAGAAGUCCCACUACUGCACUAUGACUCGGGGGGACCAGAAAGGGCUGCGGGAUGCUGCCUCGAACGUGGGUUUGACUCACAAGGGACCAAGCCCAUCCCAGAACCAAAGCAAACAUUCUGCAGCGUUCCUGAACACCGCGCGGAGUACUGCUGCCCGGGAUCCGAAAGCCAAUAACAACAAUGGCACCCCCAAAUUUGGGAACAAGAAGUUGCCCAAUGCUAUAAUUGUUGGGGUGAAGAAAGGGGGCACGCGGGCUGUGCUGGAGUUCAUCCGGGUCCAUCCAGAUGUGCGGGCAAUGGGCACAGAACCGCAUUUCUUCGACAGGAACUUCGAUAAGGGAUUAGAUUGGUACAGGAGUCUAAUGCCCCGGACUCUCGACACCCAGAUCACCAUGGAGAAGACCCCCAGCUACUUUGUCACCAAGGAGGCCCCCAAGCGGAUCUCCAACCUGUCCAGAGAUACCAAGCUGAUAGUGGUGGUCCGCAACCCUGUGACCAGAGCCAUCUCGGACUACACACAGACCCUCUCCAAGAAACCAGACAUACCCAGUUUCGAGGACCUGGCCUUCAAGAACCGGAGCCUGGGGCUGGUGGAUACCUCCUGGAACGCCAUCCGCAUCGGGAUGUACGUCCUGCACCUGGAGAACUGGCUGCAGUACUUCCCCCUGUCUCAGAUCCACUUUGUGAGUGGGGAGAGGCUCAUCACCGACCCGGCCGGGGAACUGGGAAGAAUCCAGGACUUCCUGGGCCUCAAAAGGAUUGUGACCGACAAGCAUUUCUACUUCAACAAAACAAAAGGGUUCCCCUGCUUGAAAAAGCCAGAGAGCAGCAGCUUACCCCGUUGCCUUGGCAAAUCGAAAGGCAGAACUCACGUCCAGAUAGACCAGGAGGUCAUUGAGCAGCUCCGAGACUUUUAUAGGCCCUAUAACUUUAGAUUUUAUGAAAUGGUGGGACACAAUUUUAGGUGGGACUAGUUUUGAAGGUAUGUAGCUGUACGGUACAGAACAGUAAAUUAAAACGACGUCUUCCAUGCAGUCAGGAUUAUGUCACUUCGUCACGGGCUCCCCACUAUCAUAUAUUAGGAGCCUUCUGGCGCAAUAUGUAUUCAAUAGUAAUUGGUUGAUGAAUUAUGAUCAAGGCAAUAGCGAUUAGUUUAUAUUAACUAAUGUAAAAACAAAUUAAAAAAUCAACUAAAUAAACUAUUUCAAAAAACAUGUCAGUGCAUCACAGUAGCUCCUAAUUCAAGGCAUGAAAUCAAGGUGUGAUUAUUAUUAUUAUUAUUAUUAUUAUUAUUAUUAUUAUUAUUAUUAUUAUUAUUAUUAUUAUUAUUAAUAAUAAUAAUAAUAAUAAUAAUAAUAAUAAUAAUAAUAAUAAUGUAGUUAACCAGUGACUCCUCCUGCCGUUAUCACACCAUCAGCAUCGGAUAGAUCAUUCAAGACUCAAAUCGACAGGACUGAAAUAAAAGAAGAACUGUGUAAUUUCUGAAUUUCUGACCAACUAUACUGGGACUGCAAGCUUACAGUACAUGCUUUUAAAUGAUUACCGUUUUGUUAUAUGAAGAGCUAAUAAAUAAACACAUAAAUAAAUAAAUAAAUAAAUAAAUAAAUAAAUAUAACCAUGCAAAUGGUGAUGUAUGCUUGAAACAAAUGUCAAACUUUAUUGUAAUGUAACAAUAUUUUGUCCUGUGAAUAAAGCACAGAUGUAUGCUAUGGCAAUAGGUAUUGCACCAGUUCCAUUGUGUCAGGGCGGAAGGGGUAUGCAAAUUAAAGAAGACAAGCCCUUACAUGUUGUAAUAUUUCUAAAGUAAUGUAUACAACAGAUGUUGAGAGGUCCAGCAUUUAUAUGCCACUGGUUGUGAUUUGCGGCUUUGGAACCCCAAGCUGUAGCAUUCAGUAGACUUCUCAGGAGCUGUGAACAAGUCACUGUGACCUGCUGCACAUGUUGAAGCCUGAAAAAGACUUGAACACAGCAUGAAACUCACAAGUAUUUAGAAACAGAUCAAUCAAACCCCAACCUGUGCCCAUGAAGCAGUACAAAAGAAGUACGCCAUUGUAUCCAAUAUACUAAUACAUAGCUCAUCUCACAGCAUUCUCGCUUUCAGGUUUUUUUUUCCACCUUGCUCUUACUUAAGAUCAUUCUGUCCUUUAGAGCACGAGUGACGAGCACAUCUGCUUGCCUUGGAUUUAUUUGCAGCAGACACCCAGGAUCUUUCCUUUUCAUGUUUUUAUGCAAUGCUCCGUCAGUGAAGUGCUGUGAUUUUAACCAGAAAUCCUUGUUGCAUAUAUGCUUGUGACCACAGGGAUUAUUGUGUGGUGUCAGGGGUCAUUUUAAUGUGCGGGUCCAAAUACCCCACCCCACCAUAAAUACACUCAGACGUGACUCCACAGAAAGUGAUAUUUUAAAUUCAUAUUCAUAUUCAUAUUGAACUUCAUAUUGAACUUGUAAACAAUGUUACUAAAAGCAUGUCUUAUUAGUGCAUUUUACAAACUAAUAAGCAUAUGUAAACUGUUAAUAAUGAAUGUAGGAAAGGGUUGCGAUCUCUAAAAAAAAAAAAAGACACUAAUAACGAACACUUAGGGAGACUGAUUCGGAAAGGCAUUGUUUUGUACAGACGUGAGCAAAAUCCGAGUGUCAGCCUUCAUUUUAGAGGUAAUUGAGCUACAAAGUUGCUUUCCCAUUCCACGUUUUAAUUCUGUCACGUUUCAAAGAAAGGCCCUUUGUUGUUAACCACAGCCAUAUGAAAGAAGCGCAUGACGAAAAAGGAGCCUUCAGCCACAACAUAUACAAAUGGAAAAUGAAAUGAAGAGCCACAUCAAUGAGAUCAGCCCGAUUCCAUUUUCCAAAGUACAGUAUAAGCCUGACACUUGCCUACUUUCAGUUCCCCAAUUAAAAUCGAUUUAAACCAUUCAUCGGCUGUUUUGUAUGAUUUAGUUGCCAGCUAUCUAGGGUUCUUGUGCAAAAGGGCCUACCCUGUGCUGUGCUAAUAAUGUAAUUCUUCUUUAGCUUUGCUGUCUGUUUUGAAUAACCUUUGUGAAGUAAUGGAACCAACAAAAAGGCAGUUUCUGAAUAAAUCCAUCUGGGAUAUUCACUGAGAUCCCCAUAUCUCUGCCGAGCGCACCUGGAUGUUAUCCUGCAGCGAUACCCAACUCCCGUUGGCAGUAUUAAUGUUUUUUUAUUUUUUUAAAGAAAAUAUGAAAUAUUCAAAGACACUCUUUAAAAGGGAAACAUCUGUCCCUGAAACUCAGCUCACAGCAUACAAUUAACAGAGGACUUAAUUAAACCUGAAGCUGUGCUUGAUUUAAAAACAAAGUGACAACGUCUGUCAGACGCUGAAUGCUUUAUUUAGGGAGGUCUUUGAGGAAUCACUACAAAUUUUUUUUUCCUUUUUUUUUUUAAGCAUGUUGUGUCAACGUAAAGUGAGAGACUGAAACUUAACUCUUUGUGUACGAUCACAUCCAAAAGGGAAUGAAAGAAUAUUUAUAACACUACAGUAUUUCUACAGUGCAACCUGUGGAGUCGCUGUUCUUUUUAGGGGGCCCUGGCCAUUUGAAAUGUACAAGUUUACACAAAUUGUAAUAGUGAUUGAUGCUGGGGCCUGAUAUAGUGUAGCUGAUCCAAGCUGUAAUGGAUUCUGACCCCUGUGAAUGAGAUCAGGUUAAAAUACUAUCCCUGUUACUGUUACGUGGAAGUAUUGCAGAUUCAAAUCAACUUUUUUUUCAAUAUAUACUGUAGCUCACAAAGUUUUGCCUACAUCCCAGACAGGGGCAUUGUUCUUGUAAUGGGGAUUUGUAGUAAUAAAUAGAAUUUGUAGAAACGUUUUCGUGUUCUGCGCCUCUGUGGUUUUACAUGCAGUGGAGAAUUGUGAAACACUUUUCCCUUUGAUCCAGAACGAGUCAAAAUUAUAAAAUAAUUCUGUGCUGUCAAUCCGCUGUCCACUGAGAUACCACAGGCACUGCCUCUGGCUGCCAGAACCUCAUUAAAAUGCUGCUGUACCUUUAAAAUAUGUUCUCUGGCACAGCAUGGGCCUCCAGGGUUAACCUGCAUGCCAUAUAGGGGAAGGGGGAAUAGGUCAGACUUGUACUGCAUGCAAAUGGUAAUAAAUUAUAAAUCAAAAUGCAACAUCAAAUAUAUGUUCAACAUUUCAUUCCAAGGGGUAGGGAAUUUGUGUGCCUUCUCGACUGCUUGAGGACUCAUAACCAAUUAACAAACAACCGCCCCAACUGGCACCUAUUGCCCAGCCUCAGGUCAGUUCACCCUAGACUUGCAAUCCAAUGGCAAUGUUGAAGUUGUAACAAGUAAAGACUUAUAAGGUGUGAUUCCAAUACCCCCCUCCCUCAUCCUUCUGAAUGUCAUGGCUGUG